UUUUUGGAAAAUGAUGAGACAAGAUUGAAAGGAAUAUAAAAGAAGAUUUGAAUGAGUGAAACUAAAAUAAAAUGAGAUUAAUCGUUCUAAACCUUCUUUGGGUUUCAAGAAAUAUCGGGUUGGAUGUUCGAGUGACACGAAGCGCCCAGGGUUCAGGAGUCUGGAAGAUCCAAUCCCAGAGUUUAGAUGGAAAGGAACUAGAAAGAGAAAACUGGUUUCUGAAUGUUGAUAAACCAAUUAUCAGUGAGUUGAAAGGGCAAGAUGAUUCUCUAGGUUUAACCUCAGGAAGUAGUACACCUUCUCCGGAACCAUUCGGAGAACUAUUAGAGCCCGUUCUAAUCCAUUCUACAAGUGAUUCAAGUACUUUUGUGAAAACUCCACAAAGUGAAAAUAUUCCUUCAUCCAUGGUUUCAUCUUCCCAGGGAUCUUCAAACCCUGUUGCUGGUCUAGACCAGGUUCCCCCUCAUCUCAUAUCUCUCGCUUUAAAUCCAUAUUUAAAUUUGAAUUCAAAGAAUAUCAUUGAUGCUGAGUUACUGGAGAAUCACUUCCCAUGGAUUUUCUCUCAAACUAGAACCCGGAGUCGAGAUAAUAUUCAUCCAAGAAAUAAAAAAUCUACUUCCAUCCUCUCAAUCUUACAACCUGACUCCAGGACAGGACAGGGAUCAAAACAGAGUUCCGGACAAAAAACUCGAGAGUUUACAACUCCAAAAGAUUCAAGGAUAUUAAUCCUGAACAAUUCUUCCUCGCCACAGUUCAUUAUACUACCUAGAUCAGGAGAGGAAGGAUUUAAAACUCAGGAUACAGGAGAAGAUGUCGUCCAAGUAUCAAGAUCUGAACUAGAAACCUUGCUCCGUGAACCUGAGCUUCUCGGAUUAACGGAAGCUGAGCUGGACAGGAACCUGGAGGGUCACGAGUUCCUCCGACAGGUUCUUGGACUUCUAGACUCCGAUGCAGAGGCGAAACGAGUUGUUCUUUUGAGAGAGAAUAUACAGGAACAGUUAGCUUUAGCUCAAGCAGCUAAACUUCAGCAGGAGAGCUUGAGAUUGACAAACAUUGGGAUUGGGUUGCAUAAGCAAGGACAGGUUUUAAACCAGCUGAGUCAUGGUUCGGAAACUCUGACCAGAAACCUUGCCCCGAGAACAAGAUUGACCGCCAAGACCCGGCGAUUACUCAAGGAAAGAUCUGAGUUGCAAAGAAUGUUGAACCAACUAAUCCUGGUUCUAAGAAGAGACAAGGAGUAUGAAACCCUGAGGAAUCUAUUGAAAUACCAAGAGAGACGGGUUCAGUCCGCAUCCUAGUUUAUGCCUGGAGAUGAAAAACCAUCAGACCUAAACAUGAAUUGGUUCAAUCAAUUGAAAAUUUUCAAUCGAGUCAUUGACAAAAACUAUUUCAAUUGAUCCUGAUCACAUAAAUUCAAUAGUUUAAAAUCCUAGAUAACGUAUCUAGACUUAAAAUCCUAGAUAAUGUUUCUAGGUUUGAAAUCCUAGAUAACGUAUCUAGGUUUAAAAUCCUAGAUAAUGUAUCUAGGUUUAAAAUCCUAGAUAACGUAUUUAGGUUUAAAAUCCUAGAUAACGUAUCUAGGUUUAAAAUCCUAGCUAACGUAUCUAGGUUUAAAAUCCUAGAUAAUGUUUCUAGGUUUGAAAUCCUAGAUAAUGCAUCUAGGUUUAAAAUCCUAGAUAACGUAUCUAGGUUUAAAAUCCUAAAUAAUGUAUCUAGGUUGGACAGCCUAGAUAACGUAUCUAGGUUUAAAAUCCUAGAUAAUGUAUCUAGGUUUGAAAUCCUAGAUAAUGUAUCUGGAUUUGAAAUCCUAGAUAAUGUAUCUAGGUUGGACAGCCUAGAUAACGAAUCUAGGUUUAAAAUCCUAGAUAAUGUAUCUAGGUUUGAAAUCCUAUAUAAUGUUUUUAGGUUGGACAGCCUAGAUAACGUAUCUAGGUUUAAAAUCCUAGAUAAUGUAUCUAGGUUUAAAAUCAUAGAUAAUGUAUCUAGGUUUAAAAUCCUAGAUAAUGUAUCUAGGUUUAAAAUCCUAGAUAAUGUAUCUAUGUUUGAAAUCCUAGAUAAUGUAUCUAGGUUUAAAAUCCUAGAUAAUGUAUCUAUCUUUGAAAUCCUAGAUAAUGUAUCUAGGUUUAAAAUCCUACAUAAUGUAU